UCUGCACCGUGAAGAUGACCGGACGCCGCGUUUUGUUUUCCUUUUUCUUAUUUUUAUCGGCGUUCUGGGGUCCCUGCCUGGCCAACGAUGUCCUGGGAUGCGGGGGAUAUGUCAGGAGUGAAUUCGAGAUCAACUAUUCUCAAGUAGGGAUUAAACUGUUCACAAAACAAGGUAACCUGAAAUACGAAACAGAAUGUGCACCUAAUAAUGGAUAUUACUUUAUACCUUUGUAUGACAAAGGCAAUUACAUUAUCAAGGUUUCUCCUCCUCCUGGCUGGAGUUUUGAACCAGAAGAAGUGUCCCUGAAAGUAGAUGGUGAAACUGAUGCUUGCAGUUUAGGACAGGAUAUUAAUUUCCAUUUCCAAGGAUUUGCUGUCAUUGGAAAGGUUGUGAGUAUUGGCAGUGACUCUGGGCCUGAGGGAGUGAUAGUAUCGCUUUACAAGGAUGACUCGCUUGUCCAGACAACAAAGACUGAUAGUGAUGGCUCUUACGUCUUCACCCCCUUGUCAUCUGGCGUAUACACUGUAGUAGCAAGUCACCCUACCUGGACACUGCUCAUUGACAGAGUUACUGUAGAAGUUGCAGAUGAAAAUGGAGAUGCUGGUUCAUCCUUGGUUGUUGGUGGAUACUCUCUAAAGGGGAGCGUGAUGUCAGAUGGACAGCCUACUCCUGGAGUCAGCUUUGUGUUCCAUUCAAAAGAAAACCCAGCUGUUACUCCAAAAUGUUCCUCUGGCAGUCCAAAGGGAUACCAAAAUGUGAUUGGAGUGCCCGUCGUGUGCCACGUAGUGUCCGAUGAGAAGGGUGUCUUCCUCUUUGGAUCUGUCUCCCCUGGCACGUACAUCCUCACACCUUUCUUCCAGUCCGACACCACCAAGUAUGAAGUUACACCAGAUAAGCAGGAGAUUGUAGUGGGUCAUGAAGAUAUCACUCUCCAGCAGCCCUUCAAGGUUGAAGGCUUCAGUAUCAGUGGAAUUGUACGUAAAUCAGCUGGCGAGGACCCUGUGGUUGGAGCAAAGGUUGUUUUGGACAAGACUCGCUCUGCUACUACAGACACUGAUGGACGUUACACCUUCCAGAAUGUACAGUCUGGGAAACACAAGAUAAAGGUUACAACAGACAAAUUUGAGUUUGAUGAAACUGUAGUGAGUGUCAGUCCACAGCGACCAUCUGUAGCCGAUAUCUUAGCAACAAGAUAUCAAGUAUGCUUCUUUGUCAAUGUAGAGAAAACUGCAACACAUUCUGGACCUUGGACCAUAGAGACUGUCAAUGCCAAUGAUCAAAAUAUACGGAAGCAACUACAAACUGACACGGAUGGACAAGGUUGCAUUUACCUGCCAGCUGGGAUGUACACAGCUUCUAUUAAGUUAUCUUCUGCUGCUGAUGAAGCUGGCAUGAGGUUUGGUCCUGUUGAACAUGUCUUCACUGUAACAUCAGAGCCAGUCAGUGAUCUAGUCUUUUCACAGUUCCUUGGUGAGGUGACUGGAAAAGUGACUUGCCUAGAAAAGUGUCCAGAUCUAACAUUAGUACUAAGACCAUCUCGAGCAAGCUCUGGAGCACCACAGACUACUAUAGCUUCAGAUGGAAAGUUUGUUUUUAAGGAUAUUGUCCCUGGCUCAUACCAGUUGAGUAUUCAGAAGGAUGAAUGGUGCUGGAAGCAUAAGGUUGUGCCCGUAACUAUCAAUACCCAGAAUGUUGAGGUGUCACUUGAACAAGUUGGGUAUCAGCUGACUGUUGCCUCCUCUCAUGAAACAACACUAAGUUACAGCACCAGCAAUGGGGCAACAGGAACUGUGGUUGCUCAGAAGGGCAACACAGUAGUGUGUGUAUCAGCAUCAGGUAUUUACACAUUUACACCAGUUGGAUGUCAUAAAUUUGGAACAUCUCAAAUUCAGUGGGAUACUGCUGCUCCAAAACUGAUCUCAUUAUCAGCCACUAAGCAUCAACUGACUGGAGCAAUUAGGGCAAGCGAGGUUGCUUCAUUCACUGUUGGGGUUAAAUCUGGAGGACAGGUUAGUAUUCUUGGUCCUCUAAACCCAUCCCCAGAAGAUCCAAAUUUGUUUGUGUUUGAACACUGGGUACAAGAAGGUGAAACCAUUGUGCUAACACCAGGCUCGCCAACCAAUUUGUAUCAGUAUGAACCAUCUUCUCACACAGUUACAAUGCCAGAAGAUUGUGUUCUGGACGCAGUAACAUUCACGGCUGAACGUGCACUCUUUAUUUAUGGCCGUGUUACUCCUCCUCUGGGUGGUGUGACAAUAAAUGUAGAAGGGAAUGGUGAAGUUCACACAUACACUACUGAUGCUGAUGGAAAAUACACAGCUGGUCCACUGGAUAAUUCAGUUCAGUAUAGUGUGUCUGCUGAAAAGAAGGGAUAUGUCAUGAAUGCCUUGAAAGAAAAAGGUCACUUUGAAGCUUACAAACUGGCUGAGGUUAUUGUUGAAGUAAAAGACGAAAAUGGAACUCCUCUGCCUGGUGUAUUGAUUUCCAUGUCUGGUGGGAAGAGUUAUCGUCAGAAUAGCUUGACUGAGAACGAUGGCACAAUUGCCUUCCUAUCUCUGACUCCAGGUGACUACUUCCUUAGACCCAUGAUGAAAGAAUACAACUUUGAUCCUCCAUCAAAAAUGGUGACUGUAGAUGAGGGUGCAACCAUCAUGGUUGGCAUCAGCGGUAUUCGGAUCGCUUACAGCAUCUAUGGUCAGACUGCUUCACUGAGUGGAGAGCCAGAGACAGAUGUAGUGGUUGAAGCAGUGGGCAAAGGAAGUGAGUGUGAGCAGUAUCAAGAGGAGGCUGUGUCUGACAAUCAGGGAGCCUUUAGGAUUAGAGGAUUACUUCCCAAGUGCCAUUAUGAUUUGAGGCUGAAAGUAGGUAGUGGAAUAAAUCAGCAUGUCCAGAGAACCUUACCAGCAUCGCGUACAGUCCAUACUGACAAUGAUGACAUUCGUGACUUGAAGCUUAUUGUCUUAAGGCCAUUCACACAAAUGGAUGUUGCUGCAAAAGUCAACACUGAUCCUCAACACCUUUCAUCUCUUGUAGCAAGACUUUACCGUGAAGACCUUCCAGACUCUCCUAUUCACACUGUUAAACUGGGUCUUCAUCCAUUCUUCAUGCUUCCACCAAUGACAGCUGAUAAGCGUACUUAUUUCUUGCGUUUGGACUCUAAUCUUCCAACUUCGCAGUAUGACUAUUCAUCUCCAGAAGUUACUUUUGUAGCUGAUGCAGCCUUCAAGCACUUGAAUCUCAGUUUCCAGCCAACUUUGAGAAGUGUGGAUGCUGAAUUAAACCAGGGAACUGUUCUAGGAUUUGUGAUUGCCAUAUUAGUCGUUGCUGCAGCAUUUAAUUACAACAGACUUGGUCCCUUUAUGGAAAGAGCGUCAGAUAUAUUAAAGAGCUUUGCAGCACCCAGAUCAUCCCAGAAAUUCUCCAGUUCAUCAUCAGAUAUUCCAAUUAUUGAAGCUGUUCGGAAGAAGGUGAAAUCCAGAAAAAUUUAGAGCUGUGAUAUGUAUGCCAGUCAAGCCAUAAAAAGUUUUGAAUGAAAAAGACACUAAAAAGACUGUGGGUAAUGUAUUACUUGUUAAACCCUUAAGAAACAUUUGAUAAGAUUUGAUAUUGAUCCUUGUUAUACAGUAUGAUUGUGUGUGUCUCCUUUCAGAAGAUUUAGUUUUUUAAAUGGUUACAAUGAUUUGGUCUUUAUUUCCUUUUUGAUGUUGCAUUGUACCAUUCCAUCUUUGAAAAAUGUCAAAUUUGUUUUUACUGUGUAAUACAUUUGUUCUGAAAGAAUAUUAGAAAUAAAGAAACAAGAUGUACAAAAGAUAAGAAAAGGCUAAGCUUUAGUUGCACAAGUCUGUAUAUUUGUUUUGCUCUUUCCCAUUAUUGUAAGUAUUUGUUGUAAUAAUAUUGUUUUACUUUUUGGAAAAAAAAAAUAUAUGUAUAC